AUGUCUAUCUAUCGAACUCAAUCUGUUCUAUCUAUCUAUCUAUCUAUCUAUCUAUCUAUCUAUCUAUCUAUCUCUCUCUCUAUAUAUAUAUAUAUAUAUAUAAGAAAGAGUUCUUUAUAUCUAUCUAUCUAUCUAUCUAUCUAUCUAUCUAUCUAUCUAUCUAUCUAUCUAUCAGUCUCUUCAUAUCUAUCUAUCUACCCCAAUUUUUCAUAUCUAUAUAUCUAUUUAUUUAUCAGUCUCUUCAUAUCUAUCACACUCUUCUGUUCAUCUAUCUAUCUAUCUAUCUAUCUAUCUAACCUACAGGCACAUUCGCAAACUUUACCAUCUUUUUUCUUUCUUUCUUUCUUUCUUUCUUUCUUUCUUUCCUUCGUUUUUUAUAUAGUUCAUUUUCUAUCUCUCGUUUUUGAUCUCUUUCUUUCUUUUUUCUCGUUCUUUCUGUAUCUCUCUCUUUCUCUUAUUCUUUUUCUUUAUUUAUCUUUCUUUCUUUCAUGCUUUCUUUCUUUGUCUCUUUCUCUUUUUGUCUUCAUUUCACUAUUUAUUUAUUUCUACUUUCUUUUUUCGUUAUUUAUUUUCUCUUUCUCUCGUUUUUUCUUUCUUAUUUUCCCUUUUUCUUUCUUUCUUUCCUUCUUUUUCUUUCUUUCUUUCUUUCUUUCUUUCUUUCUUUCUUUCUUUCUUUCGUAUCUCCCAGCGAAAUAA